AUGGCGUACAGGCGUGGCACAAAUGUUAAAGAUAAAUUGGUUCGUACAGCAUUGACGGACUCGAAUCAGCGACCUGGUACACAUUCGUGUGGUCAAGUUGUGAUGAACGGACUGAUUAUCAUCGUCAUAUUAACAAACAAACGUAUGCACAACGUUACCUACGUACUAAUCACCAAUUUAGCCAUCAGUGACAUGCUGUUUGCCGGUGUGGUAUUACCGCAGAAUAUACAUGAUAUAUCACACACUGAAGACUACUUCGAAGGAGUCCUUGCUUGUAAGCUCGUGACGUCACUACCCAUAUUCUUCAUUGGUAGUGCUGCCUACACUCUCACAAUGUUGUCAUGGGAACGUUAUCGAGCCAUUGUGGAGACUACCAAGAAACAGCUAACUUUUCAUGAUAGUAAAUUCUAUGUGGCUGGACUAUGGAUCGCUUCAUUCAUUGUGAUUAUACCAACACUUAUCGAAUACAACGUUCUGGAGGUGAUCGACACAACUUCGAAUGACACAAAUACAACAGUAGUGUCGUGCAGUAUGGCAGAAACAUCGAGAAUGUUCACGAUUGUUAAUGUAGUGUUUGUCACAGUGACAAUAUAUGUAUUACCCUUGAUAAUUAUAACAAUAAAUUACACCAGAGUGGCGAUGUACAUUAACCGCAUGAGUAAGCGAAUUAACAGCGACACUGGACUGUCAACAACAUCGAAUAACUUUAUUUUGCAUAAACGACGACUUCGCAUUGUCUCGAUGUUGGCCAUGGCGACUUUGUUAUUUGGGUUGUCGUGGUUGCCGUACUUCAUCCUCCAUGAUAUUAUUACUAUUGCUGGUCAAUCAGACAGUACGGAGAAUGAUACGAUAUGGAAUGCACUUCGAAUUGCGCUGGCCAUCUUUAGCACGAUGUACAACUUUAUACUUUACAUCAAAUUCAGCUCACAAUUUCGGAAAGGACUGGUGUCUGUACUUACACGAGCAUCGGCAUAUGUGAAGUGUAAGCAAGGCAACAAUGAUGCUGUCAAUGAAAUGUCUGUGCAGCCGUCUCCAUCUAUCACAAUAUCAUGA